UCUACCGUUAAAAAAAGAAGCUGCAGCUCUCCAUAGCGACAGUCACCCUAGCAACGGCCACUCGCUAUGCUGCCUUCGAGUGGUGAGGAGGAGGGUGGAUACUACAGCCUGCGUGCUAUUGGCUGUUCAGAAAGGGGGCGGGGUUCCCCAAGGUUGAACAUCUGGAAGCUCUCUCUGCUGCUGCUCAGUCUCUCUGUUCAAUUAAAGUGGACUACAGCUGCUGAAGAGAAAAUGUCGUUCAUAAAAGUAGACUCAGCUUCGGAUUUCUCCUUCCAGAAUCUUCCAUAUGGCAUAUUCUCUACAGCUGAUAAUCCUAAACAUGGUAUCGGGGUUGCCAUUGGAGACCAGAUCCUAGACCUCAGUGUGGUGAAGUCCUUGUUUCAAGGACCGGUGAUGUCCAGACAUCAGGAUGUCUUUGAGCAGACCACUCUCAAUGCAUUUAUGGCUCUGGGCUAUGAAGCCUGGAGGGAGACCAGGAGGACCCUGCAGGUGCUGCUGUCAGCCAAUGAGAGCACACUGAGAGAUAACGCCAUCCUCCGUCAAAGAGCAUUUGUUCCUCAAAGUGCAGCCACCAUGCACCUUCCUGCAGACAUUGGUGAUUACACCGACUUCUACUCCUCCAGAGAUCACGCCACCAACGUUGGCAUCAUGUUCCGGGGGAAGGAGAACGCUCUGAUGCCAAAUUGGUUAAGGCUUCCAGUUGGAUACCAUGGUCGAGCGUCAUCAGUUGUUGUUUCUGGAACCCCCAUACGCCGCCCCUCAGGCCAGAUGAGACCAGACCAGACACAGCCUCCAGUGUUUGGCCCUUCUAAGCAGUUGGACAUUGAGCUGGAGAUGGCCUUCUUUGUCGGUGGAGGAAAUCGCCUUGGGGAGCCCAUACCCAUCAAUAAGGCCCAUGAACACAUAUUUGGCAUGGUGCUAAUGAAUGAUUGGAGUGCCAGGGACAUCCAGUCUUGGGAGUACGUUCCUCUGGGUCCUUUUCUGGGAAAGAACUUUGGAACCACCAUCUCACCGUGGGUUGUCCCGAUGGAAGCGCUGCUACCGUUUGCAGAAGCCAACCCUGUCCAGGAUCCAGAGCCACUCGCUUACCUACGACACCAGGACGCUUACACCUUCAGCAUCAAUCUGUUUGUGUCUCUGAAAGGGCAAGACAUGGAAGAGGCAGCAACCAUCACCAGGUCAAACUUCAAGUACAUGUACUGGACCAUGAAGCAGCAGCUGGCCCAUCACACUGUUAACGGCUGCAACGUCAGGCCUGGAGACCUGCUGGCAUCUGGUACUAUUAGUGGACCUGAUCCAGAGAGCUUUGGCUCCAUGCUGGAGCUGUCAUGGAGGGGAUCAAAAAACAUUGAUCUAGGAGGAGAGACCAGAACCUUUUUAAAGGAUGGAGAUGAAGUUACCAUAACAGGUUACUGUCAAGGAGAUGGCUACAGGGUGGGCUUUGGACCCUGCAUUGGAACCAUCCUCCCUGCCCUGCAUCACUAAAAAAAACACUAUGUUUAUUUAUCGCUGCAGUUUUACUCUGGAAAAUGCACCAGCAGUACCUCAUCUUACUUCAUCUUAGCUUCCAGAUGAAAAAAAAAAAAAAAAAAACACAUGCAAGAACUCAAACUAUUCCUCUCAUCUGGACAGACAGCUUCCACUCAAAAUCUCUGAUUUGGUUUAGAAUCUUGAACUGUUUUCAGCUACUAAUGUACUCUAAGGAUAUUUACACACCUGUGGAUCGUUUGGUCCGAAUUGUGGACCACUUUUCUCCAUUGUUGAAUACCUCAAGAGUUGUCUGUGUUCAGGGACAUUUACUAACACACCAAAAUGCAGUAACAGCAGGCCCCUGAAUGCCGCAAUUAUUCACAUUCAGCAAAAGAAUUCCCAUACAGUUUCAGUGCUGUUCUAGAUUUAAGGUUACUGAUGUUCUGUGUGUUAGCUCCUGAUGUAUAAUUAAACUACCCAUGCUGGGCUCAUUGUACUGUUGCAUUUUUGCCUUUUAAACUCUUUUUCCCAUCGGAAGUUUGGUGAAACUUUCCAAAUGGGACGACCCACAGCUUGAUACAUGAUCAGUAGUCAUCAGCAGCAUUUCUAUAAACCGGGGUCAUCAAGUACAUUUGCAAAAGGGCCAGAUUUCGUCUUGACAGAGUCUCUGGAGGCCAGUCUUCAAAAUAAAGAAAAAUUAAAUCAA